GUUAAAGUUGAUAUCGUUCUAUCCUAACUAUGGCACGUACUAAGCAAACAGCUCGUAAGUCGACUGGUGGAAAGGCUCCUCGUAAGCAAUUGGCUACUAAGGCAGCACGUAAGAGUGCUCCUGCUACUGGUGGAGUUAAGAAGCCUCAUCGUUACAGGCCUGGAACUGUUGCUCUUCGUGAAAUUCGUCGUUAUCAAAAGAGUACUGAACUACUCAUCAGGAAAUUACCGUUUCAACGACUCGUUCGUGAAAUUGCUCAAGAUUUUAAAACCGAUCUUCGUUUCCAAAGUUCAGCAGUGAUGGCGCUUCAAGAAGCUAGUGAAGCUUACUUGGUUGGUUUAUUCGAAGAUACUAAUCUUUGUGCUAUUCAUGCUAAACGUGUUACCAUCAUGCCCAAAGAUAUUCAAUUGGCUCGACGAAUCCGAGGAGAAAGAGCUUAAAUAAUACUGAAAUUCAGUCCACCGGCCCUUUUCAGGGCCAACACAUUAUUAAUAAGAGGUUCAAUCUGAUUCAAAAAUAUAAUAUAAAACCACUUUUCAAUUUAGUUACAUUGGUAGAUGCAAUUUCAACAAGGUAGAAUUAAUAUAUUUACCCAUAGUAAAUAAUGUUUAGUUAGAUAAAAUUUCGCAAUUCGUUGACUUUUAAAUUAUAAAUUUGUUUACUGCUAGUAGUCAGAUUAAUUUAUUAAGCUCUAAACUAGACGUAUUAUUUAAGUAAUUCUGCGUUAUUUUCAUACUUAAUUACUUUAAAUUAGCUCUUACGGAAUUUUUUUGAAAAUGUAUUUUCAAGAAUUUAAUAGUAGAGAAAAAUGACAUUCUUUUUAUUGUGCAUUUUUUGAGUGUCUGGGAUAUUUAUAAAAAGCUUAUGGAGAAUUAAACACUGUUUCCUUGCAAAUAACGUAAAAAAAGGUACAAAUAAAUGACUUGAAUUAGUGAAGAAUAUGAAUGGGAAAUAUCUUCCUAAAUACAUUAUAUUAUUUUUGUAGGGGAGAAUCUUUAAUGAAAAUUUUCCAAUUUAUACAAGGAAGUGAAAGAUUUUGAAAGGUCUAAAGAAAAAAAUACAAAAGUUAUUGAAAUUUAAUUACAACCUUAUCUCGAGGAGAUAGAUCUGAAAAAUUCUAAGUUGAGUGCGUUAUGGAAAACCAUAUAGCUGUAAAAAAUUAAAUUGUAAACUGUAAAAAAUUUUUUUUUUGUUUAAAACUAGUAGUUAAAAUUCAUGUUGAAAAAAUUAUGUUAAAGGUUAAAUCUACCAGAUUGUCCAUAAAAUUCAUUCCUAUUUUAA